UCCUGUUGCAACACUAUAUAUAACGCGGUGACUGCACGGGCUGCGGAGACGCACCGGAGCGCUCGACCGCCGCCGCUGCUGCCUCCUCCCAGCGCCUGAGGUUUCCCGGGACCACAAUGAACAAGGUGCUGUGCUGCGCGCUCGUGUUCCUGGACAUCUCCAUUAAAUGGACCACCCAGGAAACAUUUCCUCCAAAGUACCCUCAUCAUGACCCAGAAACCUCUCGCCAGCUGAUGUGUGACAAGUGUCCUCCUGGCACCUACUUAAAACAGCACUGUACGGCAAGGCGGAAGACCGUGUGUGCCCCUUGUCCUGACAACUACUACACAGACACCUGGCACAUCAGUGACGAGUGUCUGUACUGCACACCAGUGUGCAAGGAGCUGCAGUACAUCAAGCAGGAGUGCAAUCGCACCCACAACCGCGUGUGUGAAUGUGAAGAAGGGCGCUACCUCGAGGUGGAGUUCUGCCUGAAGCACAGGAGCUGCCCCCCUGGGUUUGGAGUGCUGCACACUGGGACCCCGGAGCGAAACACGGUUUGCAAAAGAUGUCCAGAUGGCUUCUUCUCGAACGAGACGUCCUCAAAAGCACCCUGUAGAAAACACACAAACUGCAGUGCGUCCGGCCUCCUCCUGACUCAGAAAGGAAAUGCAACGCAUGACAAUGUAUGUUCUGGAAACGGUGAACCGACUCACAUAUGUGGAAUAGAUGUCACCCUGUGCGAGGAGGCGUUCUUCAGGUUUGCUGUUCCCACCAAGUUCACCCCUGACUGGCUCAGCGUCCUGGUGGACAGUUUGCCUGGCACCAAAGUAAACGCAGAGAGUGUAGAGAGGAUAAAAAGACGACACAGCUCCCAAGAACAGACUUUCCAGCUGCUGAAGCUAUGGAAGCAUCAAAACAAAGAACAAGAUAUGGUCAAGAAGAUCAUCCAAGAUAUCGACCUCUGCGAAAGCAACGUGCGGAGGCACAUGAGCCAUGCAAACCUGACCUUCGAGCAGCUCCGCAGGUUGAUGGAGAGCUUGCCAGGGAAGAAAGUCUCGACAGAAGACAUUGAAAAAACAGCGAAGGCGUGCCAAUCAAGUGAACAGAUCCUGAAGCUGCUCAGCCUGUGGAGGAUCAAGAACGGCGACCAGGACACUCUGAAGGGCCUGAUACACGCACUAAAGCACCUGAAAACGUACCACUUUCCCAAAACGGUCACUCAGAGUCUGAAAAAGACCAUCAGGUUCCUUCACGGCUUCACGAUGUACAGAUUGUAUCAGAAGCUAUUUUUAGAAAUGAUAGGGAACCAGGUCCAAUCAGUGAAAAUAAGCUGCUUAUAACCAGAAAUGGUCAUCCGGCUGUUUCCUCACCGUGGCCCAGAUCCGAUGGAUGCGUAAGCUGUUUCUCAGGCGCUCGAGGGGGUGCAGUGAUUUCUUUCUCAUCACCAAGGACUAGAUUUGGCCCCAGGGCACACACACACACACACACACACACACACACACACACACAAACAACAGUGUGGAGAAAGAAACCCCAAAUAGUUUAUCCAGCUGACAGAUCUGGUCCUAUAUCUACUGCCUCUAUUUUCCCUUAUCACUGCUUGCAGUAAUUCAACUGGAAAUAAGAAACUAGACUCCACUGUGCCUUACUAAAUAUGAGAAUGUCUAACUUAAAUAGCUUUGAGAUUUCAGCUGUCCAGAGGCUUUUAUUAGAAAGCCUUUUUCUUUCUGUAAAAGUACUAAUAUAUCUGUAACACUAUUACAGUAUUUGCUAUUUAUAUUCACUCAGAUAGAAGGUUUGUACAUAUUAUCAUCUGAAAGGGAAACUGUGUAAGACUUAAUUUUAGAAAGAAAAAUUUAUAUAUUCUGUUUGUUAUUCACAAAUGAGAGAGAUAAAAUAUAUUUUUUAAUGGAAAGUUUGUAGCAUUUCCUAAUAGGUACUGCCAUUCUUCCUAUGUGGAGUGUAUUUGUAAUAUAAUUUAACCUGUAUAAGCUAUGAUAUCAUUUUACGAAAAAUGCAUUAUGUAGUCAAUUGUUUAAUGUUGGAAAGUUUGAAAUAUAAAUUAUCUGAAUAUUAGAUGCGCUGAGAAAUUGAAUGUAUCUUAUUUAAAAGAUUUUAUGUUUUUACUAUAUAAAC